AGCACAUUAGAUAAUGGCCACCAACAAAAACCAGUAACUAAGUGCCCUGUUUUACAUAUUCACUCACUUUCAUCGUCCUCAUUCUUUUUUUCUUUUUUCGCCGCCAUUUUUCCGCGUUUGCACAAUUUCCCCUGUCUUUUUCCUUCAACCCCUCAACAAACUUACCUCAUUAUUUAUAUCUCAUUUUCUCCCUCUUUUUGCUUACCUGUACACCAUUUUUAUUUUUAUUUUUUCUAUAUUAUGCGUAAUUUUCUAUAUAUAUAUAUAUGUGUGAAUUAAAUCAAUAGUUUCUAACACAAUUCAAAAUAUUCCACAAAAUUAAUCAAAUAUGGCGGAAUUUGUCGUCUUCAUCUUUAUAAUAAUUUUUGUAUCAUCUGUAACAGCUUGUGAUCGUUGUGUUCAUCGAUCAAAGGCUGCUUUUUUCUAUAAUGAUUCACCACUUUCAUCUGGAGCAUGUGGGUAUGGUUCGUUGGCUUUGAACUUAAACAGGGGAUUUCUUGCAGCUGGUGUCUCUAAAUUGUAUAACGAUGGUGCUGGCUGUGGUGCAUGCUUUCAGAUAAGAUGCAAAGAUAAUUAUCUGUGUAGUAAGGCAGGAACUAAAGUGAUAUUGACUGAUUUGAAUACAAAUAACAAAAAUGAUUUUGUUCUAAGUAAUCGAGCUUUCAAAGCCAUGGCCAACCCUGGAAAGGACCUCGAUGUUGAGAAGCUUGGAAUUACUGACGUGGAAUAUAAAAGGAUCCCGUGUGAUUAUAUAGGUCAAAAUUUGGCUAUUCGAGUUGACGAGUCUAGCCAUAAUCCUGGUUACUUGGCAAUUAAAAUUCUCUACCAAGGUGGUCAAACAGAAAUUGUAGCAAUCGACGUUGCUCAGGUUGGUUCACCAAAUUGGACUUUCAUGAGCCGGAAUCAUGGAAUAGUGUGGGACACAAGCAAGGCACCAAAUGGGCCUUUGCAGUUCAGAUUUGUUGUAACAUCGGGCUACGAUGGCAAAAAUAUUUGGGCCAAAAAUGUGUUACCAGCAGAUUGGAAGCCCGGAGUUAUAUAUGACACAAAAGUUCAAAUCACUGAUAUUGCUCAAGAGGCUUGCUCUCCUUGUGAUGAUACACAAUGGAAAUAAAUUUAAAUGGAAAAAUGUGCCUAAGCUAUAAGUUGUACUUGUAUGUAUUUCCUUGUGUUAUAGAAUAAUAAAACUAGAAGUAUAUAGUUUACAUAAUAAUGAAAAUAAGUAUGUAAUAAAAAAGAGAUAUAUACAUAAGAAUGUCAAGCCCGAAUUUUCCCUUUGAAUACAAACCUUACACUAAUUCG